AUGAAAUACUAUGAUAAAAACCGAGAUUACAAAUUGAGUGGAAAUAAUGUUGUUGACGAUUUUAUUAUAUAUACGCAAAAAAAUGACAAUCUAAAAACCGGAAGGAUAGAGUUUGUUUCCUAUGACCAAUUUGAAAACAUAGAAUUUCUUUCUGAGGGAGGAUUUAGUAAAAUAUAUAAAGCCAUAUGGGUUGAAAAACAUAAUAAUAAAUGCAAAACAAUUGCUCUUAAAAAACUUAACAAUUCUAAGGACAUCACACCUAAGGAUUUAAAUGAGCUUGAAAUAUUUUAUGAUUAUCAUUCACGUUCAUCAGAAAUAUUUGGUAUUAAUGAAUAUUUUAAUUUUCAUAAUGUUUGUAUUAUCAAUUAUUACGGAAUUACCCAAGAUCCCACAACAAAGGAUUUUAUGAUAAUUAUGGAUUAUUAUUCUUCAGGAGACUUGAGACAUUAUAUAACAAAUCACUUUUAUUAUUCUUGGUACAAAAAGUUGAUUAUGUUAAUUUCUAUUUUAAAUGGACUAAAGUAUAUUCAUGAUGCAAAUAUUAUUCACCGUGAUUUCCAUAGCGGAAAUAUCCUUUAUAAUAAUGCAACUUCUGCAAUAAUAUGUGAUUUAGGAAUAAGUAAAUCCUCAAUCGCAGCAGAUAAUAAUGGUGAGAUUUAUGGAAUCAUUCCAUAUAUUGCUCCAGAGAUUUUUCAAGGACACAAGUAUACUACAGCUUCAGAUAUAUAUAGCUUUGGUAUGAUUAUGUGGGAAUUUAUGACAGGUAGAAGACCAUUUUGGGAUCAAAUUCAUGAUAUAGAUCUUAUCAUUAGUAUCUGUAAAGGUCUUCGUCCUCCAAUUAGUACUACAAAUAUACCGAAAGAUUAUAUUAAUCUGAUGAAAAAAUGUUGGCAUUCCGAUCCGAAUAAAAGGCCAACAGCUAGUAGUAUUUUAAAAGAAUUAGAUUAUAUUAAAUUAAGUGAGCUUGAAAAACCAACAAAGAUUAAACUAUUCCCAUUAAUUGGACCUAUAACAACCAAUAAUCCGGGAGCAAUUUAUACGAGUAGACCUUUAAGUAAUAUGAUAAGAUCUGCAAUAUAUACAAGUAUGAGUCAAGAAGCCCAAUCUUUAGAAUUAGAUCCAUUUAAUUAUUAUCAAAAUAAUAAUUAUACCUCUUUUAAUGAACUUGAUAUUAAUAAUAAAAGAUCAGAUAAAUAUGAUAAUUAUAAAUGGGAACUUGAUAUUAAUAAUAUCAAAUCAGAUGAAUAUCAUAAUUAUAUUAUUUACAACAAGUAUCUAGACAAUUUAGCAAAAUUAAAAGUAUUGGAACUUGUUAUUAAUAAUAUAUUAACACUACUUUCAUAUAUCUUUUGGUUAACUUUAAUUGUUUGCAACAAGUUCCCGGGCAAUUUGACAAAAGAAUGGAAAUUUUAUAUUGAUAAUAUAAGAUCAAAUUUAUAUACCCUUCGGUCAACUUUGGUUAUCCACAACAAAUGUAUGUACUCUAUGCAAAAAAAUAUUGCACAUGUUUUAAAGCUUAAACAAAAUUCAAAUUAUAACUGGUGGAAUAAUGAUAGAAGAAAAUUAUUAACUUUGUUGAAAGCUUUAUUGGAAUCUAAUUUUUUAUUUGGUUACUAUAAUAGAAAAAUUCAUUGGUGUAUACAUCGUAUUAAUAAUUUAACAAGAGAAUGGGAAUUGGAUAUUAAUAAUAUGAAAUCUAAUAAUUAUAAUGACGAGACAAAUAAUUAUAUUUAUAUAAAAUUUCUUGCUGAGGGAGGAUUUAGUAAAAUAUAUAAAGCCAUAUGGGUUGAAAAACAUAAUAAUAAAUGCAAAACAAUUGCUCUUAAAAAACUUAACAAUUCUAAAGACAUCACACUUAAGGAUUUAAAUGAGCUUGAAAUAUUUUAUGAUUAUCAUUCACGUUCAUCAGAAAUAUUUGGUAUUAAUGAAUAUUUUAAUUUUCAUAAUGUUUGUAUUAUCAAUUAUUACGGAAUUACCCAAGAUCCCACAACAAAGGAUUUUAUGAUAAUUAUGGAUUAUUAUUCUUCAGGAGACUUGAGACAUUAUAUAACAAAACACUUUUAUUAUUCUUGGUACAAAAAGUUGAUUAUGUUAAUUUCUAUUUUAAGUGGACUUAAGUAUAUUCAUGAUGCAAAUAUUAUUCACCGUGAUUUCCAUAGCGGAAAUAUCCUUUAUAAUAAUGCAACUUCUGCAAUAAUAUGUGAUUUAGGAAUAAGUAAAUCCUCAACCACAGCAGAUAAUAAUGGUGAGAUUUAUGGAAUUAUUCCAUUUAUUGCUCCAGAGAUUUUUCAAGGACACAAGUAUACUACAGCUUCAGAUAUAUAUAGCUUUGGUAUGAUUAUGUGGGAAUUUAUGACAGGUAGAAGACCAUUUUGGGAUCAAAUUCAUGAAAUAGAUCUUAUCAUUAGUAUCUGUAAAGGUCUUCGUCCUCCAAUUAGUACUACAGAUAUACCGAAAGGUUAUAUUAAUCUGAUGAAAAAAUGUUGGCAUUCCGAUCCGAAUAAAAGGCCAACAGCUAGUAGUAUUUUAAAAGAAUUAGAUUAUAUUAAAUUAAGUGAGCUUGAAAAACCAACAAAGAUUAAACUAUUCCCAUUAAUUGGACCUAUAACAACCAAUAAUCCGGGAGCAAUUUAUACGAGUAGACCUUUAAGUAAUAUGAUAAGAUCUGCAAUAUAUACAAGUAUGAGUCAAGAAGCCCAAUCUUUAGAAUUAGAUCCAUUUAAUUAUUAUCAAAAUAAUAAUUAUACCUCUUUUAAUGAACUUGAUAUUAAUAAUAAAAGAUCAGAUAAAUAUGAUAAUUAUAAAUGGGAACUUGAUAUUAAUAAUAUCAAAUCAGAUGAAUAUCAUAAUUAUAUAUCUAGACAAUUUAGCAAAAUUAAAAGUAUUGGAACUUGUUAUUAA